UAUAAGGGGCGACGCGUAGAGGGAGACAAAGCAAAGGGGACACACAGCAGGAGCGCAUAACAAUAAGUUUGAUUUAUUUGUUAAGCUGUCAAAGGGAAAAGCCAAAACUCCCCCCAUGAUGGGAAUAGUAGUUAAGUCAGUUAGUAUAUAGUAGCAGUGUUCAUGUGUUUUAGUAGCCUACUGCUUUAUAAAGAUUAAAAAACGCUUAACUUACUAUCCACUGGGUGGCAGUAUUGGCUUGUGCAUUUAAAGACAACUCACCUUGCUGCUCGUGUUAUUGGGAAUUCCAUCGCUCAACGUUACCUGUGAAAAAAUAACUUUCAAAACGUCGUUUUGAAGCCGCCUUAAAGUUAGGAGUCUAACUUAUGGAGUCUUAACUUUAUGUAUUGAUGGAAAUACCUAGGUCUAUAGACCUCAGUUUUUUGUAGGCUUUUCCAAUGGCAGCAUGUGUGAUAUGCUCAAUUAUUGUUGGGAUAUCAUUUGGAUGUCAUUUGAACAGAUAUAACAUAAAUUUGAUCAAUGGCAGCUGUUCCUAACAUUGAGAUUCAAAGCCACGAGAGCCAUAUAUUGUUUGGUUGUUAGCAGAAAAAGUUUGAUCGCAUUGAAAACAGUGAAGUAUAAUUAUAGACAGGCUGAUACAAUCGAUUGGUUUGAUCACACACACUUAGUGAGCGGUCCUUGGGAACACAGGGCCAGCUGCAUAAAGGAACCACAGAGUGAAAAACAAAAACGAUUAGACACUAAAUGCAUCAGUGUGAGAACCAUGUCUCUAUCUGAUGCUUUAUCACUUGGCUGCAUCUAAAACUAUUCACUUCAUACACUUCAUUUUUUUUGAACAAAUGAGUACAAGUAUAUGCACCCAUUCUGAGCCGUUACCAUUUGAUAUUUAACACAAUACUUCACAUCCCACUCCACAGCAGAUAUUCAGCUUUUUACUCCCAGUUCAUUUAAGCAUACCCCUGAAAUCACUCAAUAGGUUUGACUUUAGAGCAGGGGUCUCCAACUCCACCUACCUGGGGGCCGCUGGAGGUAGAGUCUGGGUCAGGCUGGGCUGCAUCAAUUAUUCAACAGAAAAAAGGAGCACAACUGACCCAAUCUAAGUUAAUGAUCGGGCUAUCAUUAAAUCAUGUUGGCUAUGGUCGCUGACAACACGGGACAUUUCAUAGCGGUUGGUGGAAACCGGGACAUUUUAGCGUCCUUUGGCUUUUGGCGGGACUCAGGACACGCAACUCAAAAUUGGGACUGUCCCGGCAAAACCGGGACAUCUGGUCACCCUAUCACAAGUGAUAAAAAAGCGUGGCAAGCCACUCAGCAAAAAGGUGCGUUUGACAACGCGCGGGCCGCACUAACACUAAACUUUGAUGCAAAGUAGGGGGCCACAAAAUAUCAUCCCGCGGGCCUCAAUUGGCCCCCGGGCCGCGAGUUUGAGAGCCCUGCUUUAGAGGGUUUGUCGUGUUAGCUAUCGGUUUUUCCAACUUUAGCCCCAUCUUUCUAUUACGACUACGAUGAGCUCAUGAGGGUUGAAAGGUCAUGAGUGUAUACACCUGCUUUUGAUACUUCAGGUUCUGUGUCAGGUACAAAACAAACGCUUCGACAUUCACCACCACCACGGCUGUCCCUGCAGGGUUGCUGUUGGACUUUCAAAAGAAAUAGCACACUUUGGCCUUCCCUGUGUGCGAGCAAGGUCAUGUGCAGACACCAAACCGAAGGCCAUGGACACCUCCUGGAGAUUAUAACACAGUAAUGUUAUUGUCCAGAGGUUGUUCACAUUUUCCCCAAACACUGAUUACGGCUCAUUCUAGCAGUAACAAUCCCAGCCGAGGAGAGAGCGAGAGCGAGAUUCACACAAAUCUCAGAAGAUACUGUUGCUUUCUCUGAUGAAGGUAAAGCUUUUGGUAGGGCACUGAGAAGAGGCUGAGCUUAACUUGAGUCCCUUUGCUGAUAUUCAAAAGUUAGACAAACAUCUUUGUUUGAAGGGUAAGUUAGGUACUUUGCUUGUUUAAACCUCCGGUCGAGCCUCGAUAUCCAGCGACAGAGGAAAGGAACCACCCCUGGAUAGGGUCUUGGUCAUCAUUCUCCGUCCGUCCGUUGCCCCGUAGCUGUCGUUUUAAGGGUGGGAGGUAGUGUGGGGCUGCAGCCAUGUUGCGUAGGCUGGUCUGGUUGAUGGUGGUCCUGGGGACCGGCGGCAUGGCUAGGGCCUGUCCGGACGCAGACAUGCCCAGGGAGCUGGUACUGGCUCUGUUCAAGGACUGGGUGCUGGGGCGGAUGGGGCUGGAGGCCCCGCCAGUGGCCCCUGCGUUACCCCCGGGCUGGAAGGGACCCAGGCGGCGGCCCCGGAGGUCUAGCAGCGCGGCGGUGGCUGAGGAAGACCACAAGCAGGACCUGGAUGUCUCCCAGGUCAUUGUGUUCCCCAGCUCCGACUCGCCGUGCGGCAGAACUGAGGUGAGGGAUGCUGAAACGGCCACCUUGCACUCGUAUCAUUUCCAACCGUCCGUCAACCCCCAGGAGCUCUUGAUCACUUCGGCUCACUUCUGGUUCUAUGCCGGACCGGAGUCCAACUCCUCCAGCCCGCUCUACAUCCUGAACUCAGAGCAACACCCGGACCACUUGGCCGCCAUUGCUCCGGCAUUGACCAGCUCGGACGGCUGGGCCACGUAUGAUCUGGACGAUCACCACCGGCCAGCCAAGGUUUACUCUGGGCCGCUUACGCUGCAGGUGCGCUGUACCAACCGCCUACCCCUCAUCGAAGACCCGGAUAAAACGCCUUUCCUUCAUCUCCGUGCUCGCCGGCGGGUUUCCAGUCGUUGGCCACGCCACGCGAUCCCGUGGUCCCAGUCCGCCGCGGACCUGUUGCAGCGGCCCUCUCAGCAGCAGCCGGAGAGUCGAGACUGUUGGCGGGACGCAGUGGAAAUCAGCUUUGACGAACUGGGCUGGGGAAACUGGAUCGUCCACCCCAAGGUAGUGACUUUCAGCUAUUGCCACGGUAACUGCUCCGCCCCCGACCGUGGCACCGCCCUGCUGGGGAUCAAGCAGUGCUGCGCCCCAGUCCCGGAGUCCAUGAGGUCCUUGAGGAUCACGACGACUUCGGACGGCGGGUACUCGUUCAUGUACGAGACUCUGCCCAACAUCAUACCUGAAGAGUGCAGCUGUUUCUAAACAGACUAGGCAGAAAACUAUAAAAUGAAAUAGGCCGUGCAGUAGUAGACUAUUGGGAAAUCACAGUGUUGGCUAAUGCUUCAUCCCCUCCCAGCUGAAACUUUAUAGCUCACUUAUUACACACUUGAAAACUGUUCUUGUCGCUCGUCCUUCCCACAUUUCUGCAAUGAUGCUUUGCUACAAUAUGCUUGUAUGUUUAUGUAUGCAAAAAUAAAACACUGAAACUGAAUAUUUUGUCUGAGCAACCUUUGGGGGCAGGGAAGGCUGACCUUCGGACCAUAUACCACUUCACAGCCCCUUUACUUCGUCAAGCUGUCCAUUUUAAUCAAAUACAUGUCUGACAACUGCACUUCAUGGCCUUCAUGCCCAUCUACCUAUGCAUAUCUUGCCAAAAGAUAUGUGUGUUGGUGUGUCAUUUGGUUGUUCUGUUAACCUUGCCCUCUUAAAAGCAACACCAACAAUAGAUAGUCAAUGCCACCCAUGAGAAGGUCUGUCAAGUCAGACAUUAAGGAAACCUCAACUUUGAUUGCUCAAGUGUUGCAAAUAAUGUUUGUGUUUGGGACAACAGACACUUUCAAACACAAAUCAAAUGCAUUCAAAUGCAUUUAUUAACUGGCCGUUAGAAAAUUACAAAAAAAAACAAUUACAAAGCCAAACCAUAUUAAAAGGGAAUGUUGUACCAUGUGUAAAGUAUUCCUUAGUGAAAAAAAUAAAAAAAUAAACUGUUGACAACUUUACAAUACACAAACCAG